UCCUUAUUAUACAAACCCUUUUCUCCCUCUCUCUCUCACACACACACACACAGUAAAACCUCAAAAACUCAGCUUUCGUGAGUAGCUCUAAAAGGUAAAAUCUUUUUCUCUAAUUCUUCAGUUUUCUUGAAUUGCUCCACAGAAUACUAUCUGGGCCUAUGCUUUUUGUGCGAAUCUUGAAUUUUUCAUGCUGUUUUCUUGAUUCUGUAGAUCCACAUGCUUAGAUUUGUUAGUCUGUGCCCACUAGGGUUUUGGAGUUAUUGUCUUUAGGGUGAUACUUGAUAUGUAAAGUUGAAAAUUUUCUGCUCUUCUUGUACCCAGAUUCUGUAACUAUGAAUGAGCAAGAAGGGGUAAGUAGAGUCACUAGUGUUUCAGAGCCCACUGUGGGUAAUACUGGUGAUGAAACCCUAGUGGAGAAUUUGGGAUGUGAGGGGGAUGGCGGGGAGAUAAUGGUGGAGGUGGUAGGUUCUGAUGUGUUUGUUGAUGGGGUUUGUGGUGAUGGUGCUGAAUUGGGGCAUGAGGGAUCGGGAAAAGGAGCCGAUGCUUAUAGGGAUUCUCUGUCAAGGGAUGCUGAGGAUUCAUCUAGGAAUACUGGAAAUGGGGUUGAAGGUGUACUUUAUGUUGCAGGGUCAUCCGGGGAUGUUUCUGUGACAUCUGGCGCUGAAAUUGUUCCGAGUGUAACAGCUUGUACUGUUGUACAGCAAGUCAGCUUCGGUGAUGCUGAGGGUAAUGUUGUCAGGAGCACUGAAUCUGUUGGUUUGACUUCACCUGAUGUCGCGGGCGAUGUUUCCGAGACAGUGGACAAUGAGGCUGCGAGUGAAACAGCUGAUAGAGUUUUGGAGCAAGUCAACAUCAGAGUUAGUGAGGAGGGGAAUGUUGUGGGAAGCUCUGUAUCUGUUAAAGAGAGUGCUGGUUUGACACUGCAAAGAGUGGGUCUUUCUGAUGAUGGGGUGUGGAAUCCUGGAAUUGAACUUCUGGCUGGAUCUUCUUCAUUUGUGCCAAUAGACAGUUCUAAUAUUGAGGCUAGCAAUCUGAGAAUGGAUUCUUCUGAAAAAGAUGAAACUUCAGUCACAGAGAUAGUUAGCCAGGCUAGUGACAAAGAUGUUGCCAAUCAUGAAAGAGUUGAGUCAGGGGAUGGUGAAUUGGUAGAAAAAAUACAUUCAGAGGUUGAAACCAUGGAAACCGAUGUCCCUGAUCAAGAGAAAGAUGACUUGAGCAACAAGGAUGAGAAUUCACAUACUGAUGUUGAAACCAUGGAAACCGAUGUCCAUGAUCAAGAGAAAGAUAACUUGAGCAACAAGGAUGAGAAUUCACAUACUGAUGUUGAAACCAUGGAAACCGAUGUCCAUGAUCAAGAGAAAAAUAACUUGAGCAACAAGGAUGAGAAUUCACGUACUGAUGUUGAACCCAUGGAAACUGAUGUGUAUGAUCAAGAUGGUGGGUUCCCUAACAAGGAUAAUAAUAGCAAUUCUGUUGAUGACACAGUUUCUUUGAGACCAAACAGUCCAAUCCCUGAAGAUAAGGGAAGGGAUAUCAAGGUAGUUAGUGGUGAUUCAAGAAUAUCAGUUGAGCACGCCCCAGCUGUACAUGAUCACUCCUUAGGCAUCAAUGGUAACACUGCGCCAUCGUACCCUGGCAAGCAAGAACAUAGCUUGAAGGAAAAUUUGGCAGCAGAAAAUGGGGCUAUUGGUUCUUCUUGUGAAAAAGCAAACCAUGCUGAGGUUCGGGAAUUUAAGGUUGAUACCAUGCAUGAAGAUAAAAGCGAUCUUGCUUUAUGUACACAGCCAGAAGCUUCUCAUUUGGAAGCCCAAACUGGUAAUCUUAAAGAGGUGUCUAUGGAUGGUAGUGAGGUCUCAAUAUUAAAAAUACCAGUAUCCAGUGAUAAAGAUGGGAUCUUAAGUGGUUCAGACGAGUUGCCACAUAUACAGCCUAAGGUAGCAGAUGGAGUUAGUGAAAUUCCUAGUGAUGAUCUCCUACUGUCUUCUGAACAGGCGAGUGCUCAUGAUACAGGAAACUUUGAGGAGAUGGAAGUCGAGGGGGUUCGUCACGGGACAACUGGCACUUUGACUUUUCCCAUGAAUGAUGAAAGUCUGAAAUUAGUGAAGGUUGACGCCAGGUUGGAAAAUGAUGCGGGAAUUGGACCCUUGGAAACCUCUCAUGAACCAGCUUGCAGAACUGAUGGAGAUAGUGUUGAAAUGGACAGGGAUGGGGAUGCCCAGCUUGGAACUGCCACAACAAGUUUAAGUUGCACCGUGGAUAAAAAUAUUUUAACAGCUGAAACAACAGUGUCUGUUGAGACUAUGGUUAGCAUAGGAGAGAUGAACACGAUGGAUGAAACGAACAGAGUAACCCACUUCCUGCCGGAAGGAUUGGAGGGGGACAUGUCGCUGCAGCGUGUUGACAACGAGAGCUUAUUGCCUUUUGAUGACUAUGCAGGAAAAGAAGGCGAUCCCAAGAUGAGUGCAGUGUCAUCUAACGAUGAUGUUUUGACUGAGACUUCAUUACUUCAGGAUACUGACAAAACUUCAGAUUCUGAUGCUGUUAAUGGGAAGUUGCCUCUUUUACUAGAAGAUAAUGACUUAAAGGUCGAGGCUGAACAGAAAGUGGAGACUAAGGACACUGCUCUUAGAGAGGAUCCUACUCAAGCUCAUGAUUUGGCUCAUGAUACAGAAGGUGUUAGUACAGGAAAGCAUUCAGAUAUUACCAAAGAAUCUGAAUCUACUGCAAAUCAAGAGGGUGUAGUGGAGCAUGAUCAUAUGCUUGCUCUUGAGAUGGAUCAUGAGGCUGGGAAUGCAGCAACUGCUGAUAAAAUGUCAAUUGAAGAAAGAAACUUUAAUGUAGAGGGUGCUAUAGAAUCUCAAACUGUAACAAAUUCUGGUGCUGAUGUCCCUCCUCCAAUUGGAGAUCAAGUUGUAGAAACUUGUAUUUCUCAUACCAGCAAUGCCGAGACGAAUCAAGCCAAUGAGUACCAUGAUUCCUCGAAGGAAAAUGAGGGUCUUGUUUUCCGUGCGCAUGCUGCAGAAAUGAAGGUUGCCGAUGAACAAGAGAAAGGUGAAGUUGAAAAGCUUCAUGCUGAUCCUGUGCAGGAAUCUUCAGAGCAAGACAAAGGAACUGAAGAAGUUGCUUCCGAGACUAGCCACACAGUGAUGUUGAAUGAGAAGCCUGUGAGCUUGUUGAAGAUGCAACCUGGUUAUCUCAUUCCACCGCAAACUGAUGACGACGAGUACUCUAUAUCUGAUUUAGUCUGGGGAAAAGUCAGAAGCCAUCCAUGGUGGCCUGGACAGAUAUUUGAUCCUUCCGAUGCUUCAGAAAAGGCCAUCAAGUACCACAAAAAAGACAGCUUUUUGGUUGCGUAUUUUGGAGACCGUACUUUUGCUUGGAAUGAUGCAUCUGUGCUGAGGCCAUUCUGUUCUCAUUUCUCCCAAAUUGAGAAGCAAAGUAAUUCAGAAACAUUUCAAAUGGCUAUAAGCUGUGCUUUGGAAGAGGUUUCUAGACGGGUUGAGCUUGGUCUUGCUUGCUCAUGCACACCUGAAGAUUCCUAUGACGAGAUUUCAUGUCAGAUUGUGGAGAAUACUGGGAUUCGUGAAGAAUCAAGCAAAAGAUAUGGAGUGGACAAAUCAACUGGAGUCACUUCCUUUGUACCUGAUAAGCUCAUGCACUAUAUGAAAGCAUUAGCCCUAUCACCAACUUGUCGGGCUGAUAGGUUGACUCUCGCUAUUGCUCGAGCUCAGCUAGUGGCCUUUUGUCGCUUCAAAGGAUAUCGUCUACCACCAGAAUUCUUGCUAAGUGGAGAAUUGCUAGAAAAAAAUGCUGAAGUUCCACAUGCGGACAGUGCAACUGACGAAAAGGGCCAAGCUUCAGAAGACAGCGAGCAACAUCCCACCAGUAAAGUCUCUGCUCACAAACGUAAGCAUGGUUCAAAAGAUAUUUCCCAGCCGAAAAAGAAAGAGCGAAGCAUGUCAGAGCUGAUGGUUAAUGUGGAAUGUGAGUAUUCUCUAGAUUGUGAAGAUGAUCAAGAUGGAAAAACAAUCACUUCUAGCAAAAAGAGGAAGGCUGUUGAUUCUCUUACUGAUGGAUCGGACAAGAGAACAAGUGUUUAUGCAGCUAAAGUGUCAACCACAGCAUCUGUAUCCCCUAAGCCGUCCUUCCGUAUUGGUGAAUGCAUUCAAAGAGCGGCAAGCCAAUUAACUCGGUCAGCCUCACUUCUGAAGUGCAACAGUGAUCAAACUGGGGCUGAUGUUCAAUUGCAGGACUCUCCAAAGGGAAAAGUUGUGAUUCCGACUGAAUUGCCUUCCCCGAAUGAGUUGCUCUCACAACUUCAAUUGGUGGCAUGGGCUCCACUGAAAGGCUACAACUUCUUAAAAACCAUCACUUCUUUCUUUUCGGGAUUUAGAAAUUCAGUUGCUUUGAGCCAGCAUACUCGGAGGCAGAAUGCAUCGGCCGGAAGACCUAGUGGUGGUCGAAAGAGGAAAGCUUCACAAACUGCAGCUGGGCUUGCUGAAGAAUUUGAAUUCGAUGAUGUAAAUGAUUCUUAUUGGACAGACAGGAUUGUACAAAACAAUGGUGAGGAGCAGCUAUUGCAGAAUGGUCAGAGUGGGGAAGGAGAACGUCAGCUUACGGUUCAUGAUCCAGAGAAACCCAAUAAACCAGGUCGUAGACCAUACUCUAGAAAACGAAAAUCCAUUGCGGAUGAUGACACGACGCCAGGUGUUCCUCCGGAGGACAUUGAGAAGAGGAAGCAUGAGCCAGCAGAACUCAUAUUAAACUUUGCAGAAGGUGGUCCUCUUCCUUCUGAAAUGAACCUUAAUAAAAUGUUUAGGCGGUUUGGUCCAUUGAAGGAGUUAGAAACUGAAGUUUAUCAGGAGUCUUCUCGUGCUAGGGUGGUCUUUAAAAGGGGUUCUGACGCAGAGGUUGCUCAUAGUAGUGUCGGGAAGUUCAACAUCUUUGGGUCACGGCAAGUGACGUAUGAGCUCAGCUACACACCAGUUAUCUCAUUUAAGCCGAUGCUCAUUACACUUACACCAGAUCUGGAAGGAGCUAUUUGAUGAUACAAUUCCAAGAUGAUGGUAGUUACAGUUUGAAGAAGAAAUGACUAUGCAGCUGACGGACAACAGUAACACUUUGAUUAGAGUGGGUUUGCUGGAGUAGAGGGUGACCAGAGACACAGAUGCAUCUUUUUGUAUAAAAGACCUCAUUUCUGUCUUAUGUACUUUCUUAUCUCUUUGUAUUGGCGAAAAGAAGAGUUGUCCCUCCUGCUGCAUUAGAAAUGAUAUGUGCAUGAUGCAUCGAUAUCAUGCAGUGUUCAUGCUUUCGAUCAUCUUCCCAGUCCCCUCUUGAUCUUUCUGGAUGAAUGAGGAUGAAAUUUUUGGCUGAGCCUCGGACGAAGCAAGUAUAGAAUUUUUUUCCAGAUA